CUAUUAUUCGCUCAAAAGAAAACCCAUCCUAUUAUCGACGUCAACAAGUUAAUCGCGGGCAUGUUGGGAAAUCAAACCAUAAACCCUAAUCUGACAAGCAUGAGCCAAACCAAAAUUGCAGCAAAAAUCAGCAAUUAACUGCAAUGGAGGUCGCGUAUGAAACCCUAAGCCCUCUUCUUCCUUCAUCCUCCGCCGCUACAACCCCCAUCUCCACUGCUGAUAACUCAACUUUCGGUGAAGAAUCCGACGCCUAUAUUGUAUUCCGUAAUGAAAUUUCCCUGUCCUCAUUGGAACCCGCUUCCGCUGAAGCUGAAGCAAUCGAUUAUUUCUCCCUUGAUGUCGAUGAUUCAUCCAAUGAAGUAAUUCAUCCAAAGUUUUCUGCUUCUCAUGUGGUUGUUGUGGAGGAGCCAGAAAAAGAACCUGAACGAACAUUAGAGAGUAGUGGCUGGUUUCGGCCCGAUUGUCGGUUUAAAAGCCCUAUGCUUCAGCUUCAUAAAGAGAUCUUGGACUUCUGUGAAUUUUUAUCUCCAACUCCUAAAGAAGAAGCAUCACGCAAUGCAGCUAUUGAACGUGUCUCUAAAGUUAUCAAAUAUAUAUGGUCUAGUUGCAGGGUAGAGGUUUUCGGGUCAUAUAGAACAGGGCUGUAUCUCCCAUCUAGUGACAUUGAUGUUGUGAUUCUUAAUUCUAAUAUCAAAACUCCACAAAUUGGAUUACAAGCUCUGGCUAAGGCUUUGUCGCGAGAGGGCAUUGCAAAAAAAAUACAGGUGAUCGGUAAAGCUAGGGUGCCAAUUAUUAAGUUUGUGGAGAAGGUUGCCGACGUUGCAUUUGACAUUAGUUUCGAUGUCGACAAUGGUCCAAAAGCUGCCGAGUAUAUUAAGAAUGCCAUAUCAAGGUUGCCUCCAUUGCGGCCACUUUGUUUGAUUCUCAAAGUCUUUCUGCAACAGAGAGAGUUGAAUGAGGUAUACUCUGGAGGAAUUGGCUCUUAUGCACUACUUGCGAUGUUGAUUGCUAUGUUACGAAGCAUAAACGACAGCCAAAGAUCUACAGAACAUAACUUGGGAAUUCUGUUGAUUAAAUUUUUUGAGUUCUACGCUCAUAGAUUGAACACGUGGGAUGUUGGUGUCUCCUGCAAUGGAAGCGAAACAUUUUUUCUAAAGAGUCGCAAAGGGUUCGAAAAUAAAGGACGCCAAUUACUUCUUACAAUAGAAGAUCCACAGACACCUGGAAAUGACAUAGGGAAGAGCUCUUUUAACUAUUUCCAGAUAAGAUCAGCUUUCAUGAUGGCUUAUGCAACACUUACAAAUACGAAGACUAUCAUGAAUUUGGGGCCCAAUAAAAGUAUUCUUGGAACAAUUAUUAGACCCGACUCAAUUUUGCUGGAGCGAAAAGGAGGGUCCAACGGGGAGGUGACUUUUAAUAGCUUGCUUCCAGGAGCCGGUGAAACAUUGGACUCACAAUAUGAUGAUAAGCAGGAUAUUUUAUGCAAUUGGCAAUUUAACAAUGACUAUGAAGAGCCCCUUCCUCGUGGUGGUGGAUUUCCUGAAAUUAAUGGUGCUUCUUCCUCUAGUAAGAGGAAAGCUUCUAAAGAGAAGUCUUCUACGAAGGAAAAUGGAGGCUUUGAAAAAUUAAGUUAUGAAGAAAAUGGAUCCCGGAAAGAGAGACGAAGAGAAAAAAAGCGGUCCAAAUUUGUGUGAUUUUGAGAUAUUCGGAAAACUCGGAUGUUAUUACUUUGAGAGUUGGAGAUAUGCCUUGGAGAAUGAGUGAUUAUAUCGAGUUCGAUGGUGCUGCCAUUGAGAUAUUCAAGGUUCGUGCUCCUCAGUUCCAGCGGUGAAGCAACUAUCAUCAAUUCUGUUAUAGAUGAUCUGAUCCGCUGUGUAUUAUCCAGUAUGCAUGACCCGAAUUCAUUCACAGGCUGGAUUCAGAAUAUGUGCCAUAUGUUAUGUGGUUAUGUUUGCUGUAAGUUCAGGCCAACGGCCUGGGCGAUUUAGUUUAUUGGCUUAUUUAUAUUCUACUAUUAGAGAAUAAGCAUAUUUUCCUUAUAUAUGAAUUGAGUUGGCUGAUGACACAUUGAGAACAUAAUUGAAUUGGUUAAUUUUGAUUCUCAAUAUUAUUUGGAUUUUCCAA